AGUCUUCCACAAUCAUUAUAAUACAAAUUUCCGCCAAAUUUCCUCUUUUCCUCUCCUCAAUCCAAACAUUCUUCCCCAAACCCCGCCUCUUCUAUAUCGAUUAGGGUUUCGCGCUACUCUUUCCACUGGGCGGGAAACAGUUUCAGGUUGAUUAUUGUUUUCUUCCUCCUCUAAUCUUUGUUUAUUAUUGCUGUUAUUUGAAUUUUAUAUUUUGGAUUGAGUUUGAUUAUUAGUUGGAUAGAUUGUGUGAGGCAGGGUUGUUCUAUAUACAAUCAUACGAAUUAAUCAAGCAUAAGAGGUCUGUGUUCGAAGGGGAUAUUGGGGAUAAUAUUAUUUGGAGUUGAAAUGGGGAAACCUACUGGUAAAAAGAAGUUACUGCCUCGGGUAGAAAAGGUAGUGAAACAGAACAAAUCAGCAUCAUCUGAUCGAACUUCCAAACAAAUUGAUGAAGACACUGCUGUCUUCAUUCGUAUGUCUCAGGAGAUGAAGGAAGAAGGAAAUAAACUGUUUCAGAAGCAUGAUAACGAAGGGGCGAUGUUGAAGUAUGAGAAGGCACUUAAAUUGUUACCUCGGAAUCAUAUAGAUGUCGCAUAUUUACAUAGCAAAAUGGCUGAUUGUUAUAUGCAGUUGGGACUUGGGGAGUACCCCAGAGCUAUAGAGGAAUGUAAUUUGGCUCUUGAAGUUGCUCCCAAGUAUGGCAAGGCACUGCUGAGGAGAGCCAGGUGUUACCAGGCUCUGAAUAAGUUUGAUUGGGCUUUGAGAGAUGUUAAGAAUGUGUUGAGUAUGGAGCCGAAUAAUGUGACAGCAUUGGAGAUUGAGGAUUCCGUGAAGAAGGCAAUUGAGGGGAAGGGUCUGAAAGUUGAAGAUAUUGAUGUUGGUUUGCCGCCUGAAAAUAUCGAGCCUAAUUCAUUAGAGGCAGUCAAAGUGUUGAAAGAAAAGGUCAAAAAGAAGAAGAGCAACAGUUUUGAGAACAAGAAGGGUGAAGAAGUUAAGGAAAGCAAGUCUGAAGAGAAAGUAAAGGUGAGCAAGGUAAAUAGAGUUAAAGACAAGAGAGCUGAUCAGGUGGAGAAAAAAGCCGACAAGAAGGUGGUCGUGGAGGAUAGGACAAGCAUUAAAGAAGAAAAAGUGGUCAUGAGGACAGUGAAAUUGGUGCUUGGAGAUGAUAUAAGAUGGGCACAGCUACCUGUUGAUUGUAGCAUUGGAUUGGUGAGGGAGAUAGUCCGUGACCGAUUUCCUGGCCUAGAUGGUGUGCUCAUCAAGUUUAAAGACCGAGAAGGAGAUUUAGUCACCAUUAUAACUACCGCUGAGCUGAGAUUGGCCGAGGCUUCGAGUGAUCCUCAAGGUUCUUUUCGACUGUACCUAGCAGAAGUUAGUCCAGAUAAAGAGCCAUUUUACGAGGGCUUGAAAAGUGAAGGAACUUCCAAGGCCCAUAGCAUCAUAUCAAGUGUUUCUGAGAAUGUGGAAAAAAAUAGGGAAGUGGAGAAGGGCACGACUUGUGUAGAGGAAUGGAUUGUCCAGUUUGCAAGGCUCUUCAAGAACCAUGUGGGAUUUGAUACUAAUCCAUACUUGGAUCUUCAUGAGCUGGGAAUGGAACUGUAUUCAGAAGCAAUGGAAGAUACUGUUACGACUGAGAGCUCCCAAAAGCUUUUUGAUAUUGCUGGCUCACAGUUUCAAGAGAUGUCUGCUUUAGCUUUAUUUAACUGGGGGAAUGUGCAUAUGAACAAGGCAAGGAAAUGGGUGGUCGUUGCAGAAGAUGGAACCAAAGAAUCUGUAGCACAACAGGUGAAAGUUGGAUACGAAUGGGCCCAAAAAGAAUACGGGAAAGCAGAGAAAAGAUACGAAGAGGCACUAAAGGUUAAGCCAGACUUUUAUGAAGGCCACCUUGCACUUGGGCAGCAGCAGUUUGAACAGGCCAAGCUCUCAUGGUACUAUGCUCUUGGGAGCAAAGCUGAUAUGGAGGACGGACCUACUUCACAAGUCUUGGAGCUAUAUAACAAGGCAGAGGACAAUAUGGAAAAGGGAAUGCAGAUGUGGGAAGAGUUGGAAGAAAGACGAUUAAAUGGAUUGAGCUUAUCUGAUAAACAUAAAGAUGAAUUGCUCAAUAUUGGGUUUGAAGGGAUUAUUAAAGAUGUAUCUGCUGAUGAGGCUGCAGAGCAAGCUGCAAAUAUCAGAUCUCAGAUAUAUAUCUUAUGGGGUACAAUGCUAUAUGAGCGAUCUGUUGUGGAAUUUAAGUUAAGUUUGCCAUCAUGGGAAGAAUGUUUGGAAGUUUCAAUUGAAAAGUUUGAACUUGCGGGAGCAUCUCCAACAGAUAUAACUGUAAUUAUAAAGAAUCACUGCUCCAAUGGAACAGCUUUGGAAGGUCUUAGUUUCAAAAUUGAUGAAAUAGUCCAGGCAUGGAAUGAAAUGUUUGAUACAAAACGGUGGCAGACUGGGCUUCCAUCAUUCCGGCUAGAACCACUGUUUCGGCGUAAGGUCUCAAAACUACAUUCUCUCAUGGAGCAUUUCUGAAAUUUCGAUGCUUAUCUUUGGUGGUUCCUAAGAAUGAUGACGGAGAAGACAGUGUGAUUUACUCAUUGAUUGCUCGAGAUGUGGUUGUCAAGUAAGAUAGGUUUCUUUGUUGAUUGCUGUAUUUAACCAUGUUCCUUUUGCUACCGGAAGCAAAAGAAGCGAAGAAUUUUUCAGGAUUUCGUUAUUGUUAGUGCGAGUGAGGCUUCUAUCGACUGCAAAAGUCACUGAAGCUCCAGGUCCUACAUAUUUAUUUCCCUAAUUAAGGGCAUAAAUCUCAAAGGCUACACCAUUUUUUAAUAUGAAAUUGCAUAGUUUGUGGUAGAUCAAGAAGGGUAUUCUUGAUCUUGUUAGAAAGAUUAUUGUAGCUGCAAAAUUCAUUGCAGUAGGUUUGUUCUGCUCAUGGGAGCAAAUGAGAUGGAAAAAAGUGUGAUUCUUUAAGCAAAUUUUAUUGUUUUGUGAAACUCUUUUGGACCUUUUCGAGGGUAUAUCAUUUUUUCAUAAGAAAACCGUGGACAUACGGUUGCUUCAAAUGUGGUCGGUUUACGUGCUA